AUGAACGUUAACUUUGACAGUGUAUAUCUUGCUAACACGCGUCGCAAUCUACUAUCACAGUGGAGCAGCUCCGUCACACUCCUCAAUGCCGAUCUGGAGCGGUCCUUAGAUUUGGAUUCCAUAGUUUUGCCGCCGAGACAAAAGUCUCUACAGAUAAAUAUCAACCUCAACUACGGCGACGAGGACGACUUAUCCUCGUCACAGUUCACACAUGAAAUUAUCCAGAGUUUAACCAAUUGUAGCGAUUUUUGGCACGAUCUGAACUACAAACCCAGCUUCCAAGCCUCAAGUGCCAGCUGUGUAGAGAUUUCGCUCGAUUGUGAGAUAUUCACCACCAUGAAAACCAAGAGCCUCCUAGAACAGCCGCUUUCGAUUCUGAAACACAUGAACGCCAGGCUGCUGACAGUGACGACCGUCGAUGUGCAAGCAGUUUUCCUCGGCACUUCGAAAUCCGCUCCUGACAUUGUAAAGCAGUGCAACGAAUUUUUGGUGUCACUAUUUGUAUCACAAUUAGAGUUUCAGUUCCCACUGGCAUUUUCCCGAGUAUGCCGUAGUCGUUUUCUCCAGCAAGAGGCUUUUUUGGGACCCAUCUCCUACGCUUUAGCUAACUCAGCUUCAAUGAUACCGAAACUUAUCAAAAUUAUUUCGGAUGACAAAACCGCAACAACAUGCUACCGUAUUCUUCAACUAUCGGGUGACCGCCGCAAAGUCUCCAGAUUACUAAAACUAAAGGACGCCGUUUCUCCUUUCCAGAUACUCAAACAUUCUUGA